AUGACUGAGAGUUUGGGUGACAAUAUGACUCAUAGUUUAAGAGAGUGUAUGACUGAUGGUUUUAGUGAGAAUAAGACUGACAGUUUAGGUGACAAUAUGACUGUUGAUUUGAAUGAGUGUAUGAUUGAGAGUUUGGGUGACAAUAUGACUCAUAGUUUAAGAGAGUGUAUGACUGAUGGUUUUAGUGAGAAUAAGACUGACAGUUUGGGUGACAAUAUGACUGUUGAUUUGAAUGAGUGUAUGAUUGAGAGUUUGGGUGACAAUAUGACUCAUAGUUUAAGAGAGUGUAUGACUGAUGGUUUUAGUGAGAAUAAGACUGACAGUUUGGGUGACAAUAUGACUGCUAAUUUGAGUGAAUAUAUGACUGUCGGUUUGGGUGAGAAUAAGACUGACAGUUUGAGUGACAAUAUGACUGUUGAUUUGAGUGAGUGA